AUGUGGGGAUUUCACAGUGACUCAAAUUUGUGGUUGGUGAAGAGGAAUCAUGGACAAACAGAGUACUACAAGGAUACUCACGACUUUAGCUCCUGGAAAAAAGUCGAUCUAACUGAGCUUUCAAAAGUUCCAUUCCACAUUCCUUCAAAGGACCCAAAGGCCUUUAAUUUCAAAGUCUUCUUGAAAAGGCAGUUCAAAGAAAAAUUUUCUGGAAUGAAAAAUGUGGAAUCGCUAAUUAGAAGAGACAAGGAGGUGCUUGAUCGCAGAACCAAUGAGCCAAUGAAGUUAGUGCUGUGGCCUGCAACUAAAUAG